AUGGCAGUCCGAUCAGUAAUUCGUGCAACCCGGACCUGGACAAGGGCAUACCUCCAUCGAGCAGCCUCCCACCAGCAAUUUCGAAAGGCGUUCUCAACGACCACAUCUCGCAACAUGUUCACCAGUGAAUUGUCUGAAGCCGACGUGUCGGCUCUGAGGGCCAACAAAGACCGUCUUGCCAAAGACCUUCAUCACUCGUGUCAAUGGGGGUUCGGAAUCCGAUGGGGCGACAACACAACAGACACUGGCAUGCAACGUCUCGCACUGUCUGAAGAAGACAAGAGUGUUCGGGACUGGUUCAUCCAGACCAUGAAGGAUCUUAAGUGCGAGAUAACCGUCGACGAAAUGGGGAACAUAUUCGCUGUUCGUCCAGGACGAAGAAAGGAUGUGCCGGCUACUUUCAUCGGGAGCCACCUCGACACGCAGCCAACUGGAGGACGAUAUGAUGGAAUUCUGGGUGUUCUCGCUGGAGUCGAGGCGCUUAAACGCAUGGAUGAAAUGGGCCUCGAGACAGAGGGAGGAGUGGGUGUGGUAAACUGGACCAAUGAGGAGGGAGCUCGAUUCCCGGUGAGCAUGAUCUCAUCCGGCGUGUGGGCCGAAUGCAUUCCUCUAUCGAAAGCACACAAUCUUAAAGAAGUUCCUACAGUGGCAUCACUCCCAACAGCGGCAUCUGCACCGGAGACAAUGAAAUCGGCAUUGCAGAAGAUCGGCUAUCUCGGCAGCGUACCUUGUUCGUAUAAGACUACCCCAAUGGCUGCGCACUUCGAGUUACACAUCGAGCAGGGUCCUCAUCUUGUAUCGGCGAAUCAACGCGUGGGAGUAGUCGCAGCCGUGCAAGCCUAUCGUUGGUUCCGAUUGAAGGUGAUUGGGCGCGAUACACACACCGGUACAACCGCAUUCGAGCAUCGCGCAGAUGCCCUCUAUGCAUUUUCGCGCAUGAUGGUUCGAGCCAGAGAAAUUGCUGCGGCUCGAGGAUGUCUUGCUAGCGUUGGAAUCAUCGAAGCAAAGCCAGGCAGUGUGAACACCGUGCCGGGCCAGGUCAAUUUCAGUUUGGAUAUCCGUGGGCCGGAGACAGAACUAGUCGCCGAAGUUGAGAAAGAACUGCGAGCCGAUUUCGACGCCAUUGCCGCUGAAGAGGGCGCAGGAAUUGGCAAGCCCUGUCGGGUCGAGUGGACGCUGGAUUUUGACUCCCCUGCUGUCAAGUUCCAUGACGAUUGCAUUGACUGCGUACAACAAUCGGCUCAUGCUGUAGUUGCAGAUGCACCCGUCGCAGUUCCCGAGUCGCUUGUAAGGCACAUCAUGAGUGGUGCUGGACAUGACAGCGUCUUCACAUCGAAAAGAGUUCCCACUAGCAUGAUAUUCGUCCCUUGCAAUGAUGGGCUGAGCCAUCACCCGGAAGAGUUCUGUUCAGCAGACGACUGUGCAACAGGGGCAUCGGUGAUUCUGCAGGCUGUUGUACGUUAUGAUCGAAAGAGAUUCGCGUAG